AUGGAGCCGGCGGGGUGUGGGGCCCGUCGCCAUGAUGGCGGCCGUGGCCCCGCGGCGCGGCUGGGCCUCGCUGCACCGGCUGCCCCAGGGAUGGCGGAGCUUGGGGUUGUCUGGGAGCCUGGCCCACCUCCCUCUGAACGGCUGCCUCUGGCCGCCUGGCCACUUUCGUCUCUAUUCCUCUGAUGGGCUGAAAGGUGGCCCUGCUGCCCCAAAUGUUCGAGCUCCCCCGCCAGAAGCCAGCACCCCCAUGUCUGAUCUGGCUCGGGACGCCAUUGCGGGACUCGAAACGCCACUUAUCAAACAGGAACCUCUCCAAAUCAGAGUCAAAGCCGUCCUCAAGAAGAGAGACUAUGGACCAAAGUAUACCCAGAACAACUUCAUCACCGGCGUCCGAGCAAUAAAUGAAUUCUGCCUGAAAACCAGUGACCUGGAGCAGCUGCGAAAAAUCAGGCAACGAAGCCCCCAUGAGGACACCGAGUCCUUCACUGUGUACCUGCGGUCCGACGUAGAGGCCAAGUCUCUGGAAAUCUGGGGUAGCCCAGAGGCUCUGGCCCGGGAGAGGAUGCUGCGGAAAGAAGCCGAGCGAGAAUACAGAGAAAGGCUGUUCCAGAACCAGAAGGUGUUGAAAGAAUACAAAGACUUCCUGGGGAACACCAAGCCUCGGUCCAGGAUGACAUCCGUAUUUCUGAAGGGACCAGGAAAAGUGGUCAUGGUGGCCAUUUGCAUAAACGGGCUGAACUUCUUCUUCAAGUUGGUUGCCUGGGUCUACACAGGGUCAGCGAGCAUGUUCUCGGAGGCCGUCCACUCCCUGUCCGACACGUGCAACCAGGCCUUACUCGCGCUGGGGAUCAGCCAGUCCAUACGGACCCCGGACUCCAGUCACCCGUACGGCUUCUCGAAUAUGCGCUACAUCGUCUCCCUCAUCAGCGGGGUGGGGAUUUUCAUGAUGGGGGCCGGGCUGUCCUGGUACCACGGAGUCAUGGGGCUGCUGAACCCACAGCCCAUCGAGUCCCUUCUGUGGGCUUACUGUAUCCUGGCAGGAUCGCUGGUGUCUGAAGGAGCGACGCUUCUGGUGGCCAUCAAUGAACUCCGGCGGAGUGCCCGUGCCAAGGGCACCACCUUCUACAAGUACGUGAUGGAAGCCCGCGAUCCCAGCACGAACGUGGUAUUGCUGGAAGACACGGCGGCCGUCCUGGGGGUGUUGCUGGCUACCACCUGCAUGGGCCUCACGUCACUCACAGGUAACCCGCUGUACGACAGCCUGGGCUCACUGGGCGUGGGCACACUGCUGGGGGUGGUGUCCACCUUCCUCAUCUACACCAACACGGAAGCCUUGCUGGGCCGCUCCAUCCAGCCCGAUCAGGUGCAGCGGCUCACGGAGCUGCUGGAGAAUGACCCGUCCGUCAGAGCCAUCCACGAUGUCAAAGCCACAGACCUGGGCCUGGGCAAGGUACGCUUCAAGGCAGAGGUAGAUUUUGAUGGACGCGUGGUGACCCGCUCCUACCUGGAGAAGCAGGACAUUGACCAGAUGCUGCAGGAGAUCCAGGGAGUGAAGACCCUCGAGGAAUUAGAAGCCUUUAUGCUACGGCACGGAGAGAACAUUAUCGAUACUCUGGGAGCGGAAAUCGAUCGGCUGGAGAAGGAGCUGAAGAAACGGAACCCCGAGGUCCGGCAUGUCGACCUGGAAAUACUGUAGACAUGACAGGGGUACGCGGUGGUAUUCAGCAUGCCCAGCCUCUUGGACCUGCUCCUUCUCCCCUCCAGGAGCCCGGCCCGCACUGGUGGGGGUCAGGUCAGUGGGCGGGACCCCCCCAGAGACUCCCCCGGGGUUCAGUUGGAAAGGGUCUUGGCCAGGCAGGGAGAUGAGCUCCCUGCUGUUUUCUCUGACAUUUCCACGCUCCAGCCCCUCUCACCUGCAGUCGUGGCUGCUUCCCUCUGCUGGUGCCGGGCCAUGCAUCCUGCCUCCCUCCUCCAUGGCGAUCCGGGAACUUGGUCCUGAAAGCACAAUCUGGCGGCCCCACCCACCCUUCCUCUUUCUGGUUUAGUUCCCCGCCACUCCGAGCGUGGGGCCAAAGGGGCCCUCGUGGGCUUGUGCGAGGCGUUAAUAUGCUCUGUAAAACAUUCUAGGAAUAUUUAUAAUUUUUCAGAUGGGAAGACAAUAUAUUUUUAAUUUAUUUAAGCAGAGGCAUUGGUGGUGUGAAUCUAAGAUGCGUUUGUUUCUUUGUGGCAAGGAGACAGAGGGAAGCAGUGGAGGUAGUGGUCCCCAGCUGGGGCUGGGUACCAACAAUCCUGGAGGCAGCUGUUCCUCUGUCUCCCAGGGCCAGUGCCACAGGUGCCAUAACGCUAUUAGAGGAAUGGGAGUUGAAGGCCUCCAGUCUGGGGUUUCAGUUCGGGCAGUGGCAACUGUGGAGACCGAUUUCUGUGGCUCUUCCCCAUUCACUUCAAGUAGCCUCUCGGACAUAGUCCGGCUGCACGCUCCAAUGGGGAGAGGUGGAUGGGUCCAGUGUGACUACUGCCUCUGACCUCUGCCCUUCCACUGUACGGCUUCCACGUUUCCCUGAUGUCACUCCCCCCCAGGACCUGCUCUACUCCUCUGGCUCGCUGGGAGAACCGGGCUGGGACCACGGGGUUAUACGCGGGCAUCUGGAUCUCCUCAGGCUCAGGGUUGUGUGGGGCUGCUGUAGUGAUGGGCUGGGUGGGGAGGGUUAGAGGGAAGAGAGGGACGUGCACCCGUCAGUUUGGGCAUCGGGCUCUGGGCAGGGGCUGGGCACAGACCAGCAAAUGGCAGCGGGGCGAGUAUCACACUAUUUGCUUAGCAAAGAGAAAAAUGAAAGCUGAAGCCCCCCAGGGUCAGGGAAGACAGGGCCCGCCCCUGCCCAAGCUUUAAGAACUUACCGUUGUGAGCAAGGGCCCCUGCUCUGGGAAGAUUGGCCAUCCCGCCUGGGGAGGAAAUCCUCCAUAACAAAGUCAGUUUAGAGACAAACUUGGGACCCAGAGGCCAUUGGUUGUGGAGUGCUUAAGAGGACAAGUCCAAGAGUAGAUUAGUUAAUGCGACCCAAAAUUUAGUUGAAUUUCCCAUUCUAGCAGGGCCCCAUUACCCAUGAAAACUUCGCUGUUUGUUAAAGUCGUUACGUGAAUUGGGACAGGAGGUGCAGUGACCUGCUCAUUCCUCCAUCCAAAAUGAAAAUAAAUCUGAGAGGAUGGCAAACA